AUGGGAAAAAUCCAAGAAACGCUUCGAGAUGUCUCCUGGAAAUUUAUUCCAGGAAAACAAAACCCCGCUGACUGCGCUUCAAGAGGUAUACCUACGCUAAAACUGAAACAACACGCUCUCUGGUGGCAUGGACUAACUUGGCUUCAUGAACCAGAAUCCUCUUGGCCCACUCUGGAGCCUCCAACCGACAACGCAACGCAUCGAGAAGAACGCCAAGGUCUGACACUAGUAACUUGGAAAGCAGAAAAUUGCCUGCUCCAACAAUUACUGUCGCAUUACACGCAGCUGUUUCCACUGCUACGGAAGCUUAGCAUCUGGCAUCGUGCCAUCGACCGCUUUAAAAGAGUUCCACAAUCUUCGCUGGCCUACCCGCUUACUCCAUCAGACCUGGAGCGCGCUAAAUUGACCUUGAUUAAGUUCACUCAAGGACAAUACUUCGCUAGAGAGAUUCACACGCUACAAGAUGGUGAUGGGGUCCUGAGAGUCGGUGGCCGCUUGAAAAACGCAUUGCUGGACCCAGAAGAGAGGCAUCCAGCGAUUCUACCGCGACAAUCACCGCUUACAUCAAUUUUGAUUGAUGAUUCGCACCGCAAAACGCUUCACGGAGGUACUCAGCUUACGCUCGCUGACUUACGCAAGAGUGUCUGGAUCAUUGGAGGCCGUGUUCCAGCCAGAUCAUUUAUUUUACGCUGCGUUAUCUGCACGAGACACCGUGGAGAACGCGCUCAACAGUUGAUGGGUCAACUACCCGCCGCACGAGUACAGCCAACUCGAGCCUUUUUGCAUACAGGACUCGACUACGCUGGACCUAUCACGCUGAAAACGUUUCAAGGACGUGGAGCAAAAACAUACAAAGGCUGGAUUGCAGUCUUUGUAUGCAUGUUCAGUUCAGCUGUACAUUUAGAGCUAGUAACUGACUACACCGCUGCCGCUUUCAUCGCCGCUUAUCGCCACUUCACUAGUCGCCGAGGUAUCUGCCACACGCUAUAUUCAGACUGUGAAACCAAUUUUGUAGGAGCAGAUAAAGAGCUGAAACGACUAUUCGCUGCAGGAUCCCGCACAUUACGAGAAUUAUCAACCUUGAUCGCUCAAGAUGGCACGAACUGGAAAUUCAAUCCGCCUGGAGCUCCACAUUUUGGAGGAAAAUGGGAAGCCGCUGUGAAAUCUAUCAAAUUUCACCUUCGACGAACAAUCGGAGACUCGCUGUUGACGCUUGAGCAAUAUUCAACGCUACUGGCUCAAAUUGAAGCCAUAUUGAAUUCCAGACCGCUCACACCGCUGAAUGAAGAUCCUGCUGACCUGGCUGUACUGACUCCAGGUCACUUCUUAAUCGGACAGUCACUGACCGCUAUCCCAGAGCCAUCGCUGACAAAUUUACAACCUGCUCGGCUCUCGCACUGGGAACAAGUCCAGCAAAUGGUUCAACAUUUCUGGGAACGCUACUACCAGGACUGCAUCCACCGCUACCAGGCCAUUUCAAAGUGGCAUCAUCGACGCAACCAGAUCAAGGUGGGUUCAGUUGUACUGAUCACCACUGAGGAUCUCCCGCCAACCAAGUGGCCAUUAGCCAAAGUAAUUGCUGUCCAUCCAGGUGAAGAUGGACAAAUCCGCGUAGUAACUGUUAAGACAGUUAACACAGAGCUGGUACGUCCAAUUAUAAAGCUCUGUGUCCUGCCGCUAACGCAUGAAGAAGAUGAUCUUGUCGACGCAGCCGCCAACCCGGGGGAGAAUGUUCGGUGA